GUAGAAAUUCAGGAAAUAGAAGUGGAAGCGAUUCCAGUGGAAAUGCCAAUUGAAACAGUGGAAACAUCAGACGACACAGUUUCAGUACAACCUAUGAUCGCUUUGCAGCCAUUGCCAGAAUCAGCACACGAAGAAAUUAUUUUACAAACUCGUGAAGAAGUUGUCGGAGAUCCGAACCUCGUGUAUGACACUAUUCCAGUUCCAGCUCCAGAAAUUGAAAUAAGUACGGAAGAAUCAGUGAUUCCUAAACGUGGUAAAGGUGGGAAAAGGAAAGGUGGUAAAUCUAAAGGAUUAAUGAACACGUCCCUUUCAGGACUUGGGCAAAACGAUUUGACAUUGGGAGACUCCUCGACGAAAAAAUGGGAACAAAAACAAGUGCAGAUAAAAACUUUGGAAGGAGAAUUUUCAGUGACAAUGUGGGCAUCGGGUAAGAAAAAAUAUGAUCACAAGCUUGAUGAAGAAACAGUGUCGUCAACGGAUACCGAUGCCGAUUUUACCGAAUAUAUGACUGGUAAAAAAUUACCACCAGGUGGCAUUCCAGGGUUAGAUUUAAGCGACCCCAAAACAUUGGCAGAAUUUGCCAGUAUUAAACCUAAAAAGGCAGCAGAUGAUGUGCCCAGAACUGUUCCCUGUCCUCAUAAGGGAUGUAAUAAAAUGUUCCGUGAUAAUUCAGCCAUGAGAAAACAUUUACAUACUCACGGACCUCGUGUUCAUGUCUGUGCCGAGUGUGGUAAAGCGUUCGUUGAAAGCUCGAAAUUAAAGAGACAUCAAUUAGUUCAUACUGGAGAAAAACCCUUUCAGUGUACGUUUGAAGGAUGUGGAAAACGAUUUUCUCUGGACUUUAAUUUACGGACACAUGUAAGAAUACACACAGGAGAUAGACCGUAUGUUUGUCCGUUUGAUGGAUGUAAUAAAAAAUUUGCCCAAUCUACCAAUUUAAAAUCACAUAUUUUAACACACGCCAAAGCAAAG